AUGGACCAUUUAGAUAAUGAUAUCUAUAGAGAAUUACAUCAAAAAUUACUUCAUCAACCAACAAGACGAGAAAGGGAACAGAAAAAGAUAAUUUCUGAUUUACUUCAGUUUUCAUCGGAUCAACGAGAACAACGACAAGAUUGGAAUAAAAAAGAGAUUCAUAUUUCUUACAGUUUCGAAAGUGGUCCAAAGUUAGAUUUCAAACGCCAAUUUCGUUCUCUAUGGAAGAAACAUUUUAUCUAUGCUGGUUCACCACUGAAUGGUGUUACUUUAAAAAUUGCAACACAAACCAACAAAUCUCUAAGUCAAUUAUUAAUUAAGAAAAAACCACCAAGAUCAAUGCUAACCAGCGCCAAAUCAAUAAAUAUCAAGUGA